GAAAAGUGUUGUGUGCUGCAUCAAUCGCGAAAGUUCUAGCGACGAAGUUCUAGAAUUGGUUUAAAUGGAAGAUUGAAUCAUGUAUCAAGUCCAUGUUUUGAAAAAUGGGUACAGUGAAAUUGAGGCGCAAGGGAAAAAAGCAUGUGGGACGAUAACAUUGGUGAAGGGGAAAAAGAACAUCAUUGUUGAUACAGGCAACCCCUGGGACAAACAGACCAUCAUUGAUGGUUUAAAGCUGCACGAUCUUGUGCCGGAGAAGAUUGACUAUGUUGUGUGCACACACGGGCACUCGGACCAUGUUGGAAAUCUAAACCUCUUUCUAAAUGCAAUACACAUUAUCUCCCACGAUAUAUGUAUCGGGGAUACCUAUGUCCUCCAUGACUUUAAACAGGGCAUUCCAUAUGAGAUAGAUGAUGAUGUUGAAGUGAUUUCAACCCCUGGCCACACAUCAUGUGAUGUCAGUGUCAAUGUGCAGACCGACAAGGGACAAGUGUGCAUUGCAGGUGACCUGUUUGAGCGUCUAGAAGACAUGGAAGAUUAUACGCUGUGGCAGGAUAACAGCGAGAAUCCAGCUCUGCAACACAAAGUCCGCCUCGAGGUCCUCAAACGUGCAGACUGGAUUGUUCCCGGACACGGACCAAUGUUCCAGGUUCCUAAUGAGUUCAAGCAACAGCCCCGUAUGGUGAUGUACGAAUCCGUUACACAGGAGGCGGAUGGUAUGACCUGUCACUCAGAAAGUUACACCGUUAUAGAGGAGAACUGAUGUUGGCGCUGUCAACAGAUCUAGAUUAAAACGGAUGUUAAUACUAGUUAAACGACUAAAUUCACCAAACUGUUCUAAUACUGAAAUGGUUUGCUCUGUGAUUGAACCAAGGACAAUGAGACAAUCAUGUUUUGUUUCAAACAGCUACAAAUAUUUAUAUUCUCUUAAGGAAAAUACAUGUACGUACCAUAGCCACAAUGAAUAAAUGGGCUUUUUCAAAGACAAUCAUGGAUGUUCUGGAUGUUUUUUUGCAGGUAUAGCUGCCGUUUAUUUCUUCGUAGAAAGUGCACACUGUACACAUACAUACAUGUAUUUAAAUGAUAAAAAGGGAUACUUUAUGUGUAAGUCAAUAAAAUGUAUUUUCAGAGUAAUAACAACAAGUUUUAGACUCAAAUUUAUGACAAUUACUGACCCACAUAUUGGUUUGGCAGCCAUUAUAAAUUGUUAAUUUGCCAACUACUAUCUUUUGAGUGUAUUGUUACCUGUAAUUUUUCGCUUAGUAUUAUUAGAGUACUAUUAACUCUGACUUGAUAAAACGCCAACAAUGUUUGGUUGCUUUGUUUUAAAGGUUUGUUGCCAUACUUAAGUUUGCGAUAAUAUCCUUUGCGGUCUCUUUGUCUUUUAUGCAUAUUUUACAUAUUAUAGUUAGUAUUGCAAUACUGAAGCUUUUUUGAUAAGUUUAUUUUUAUUGGUACAUAGAUAAGGGUGAAUUUAGUUGUGUGAAUUUAGUUGUGUGAAUUUAGUUGUGUGAAUUGAGUACUUUGAACCCGCACCUACAUUAGAAAAAGACUAGAUUGUGGCCCUCAGAAAAAGGCGUGUUUUACUAUGUGUACAAAUCACCUUCUAUUUCCUGUAUUAUACUAGUUUGAGACUUACCUGUAAACAGUUCUGUAUGUAUGGAUGAGAAGAGCCUUAUGAUCUUAUACAUGAUUUUAUUUGGUUCAUUAUAUUCGUCAUAUUGUCAUUAAGUUGCAAACUCUCCAUGUUGUGUGUUUUGUAUCAUACACAUCAAUGGUGGUGUGUUUUUAUUUUUGUUUUUUUAUUUGUUUACAAUAUUGUAUUGUUUGAUAUGCAGUUUCGGUUGGUGCAGUUUGUAACAAGAUCUAUAUGUGUUUCAGAACUGCUAUUCACUGAAAUGCUUAAAAAAAGCGGGAAGGUGCUAAAUAUGUACAUGUUUAAUAUGUAUUGACAUGCACAUUGUAAGAAGCAAUGAAGAGUUGUCAAGAAUCACUUAUGUUCUUGGAAUAUUAUAUACUACUUUUAUGGAAAGUCAUACUGAUAAAAAAGUUAUUCUAGACUAUUCUUAUUCAGCUAUUAAUUUGUUUAAUAAUAAUGAAUCAUAUUCAUGGAAAAAAAUAUUGAUAAUCAUCACCGUGUUUUUCUGUCUUUUUUUUAGCUCUUCGUUUUUAUUAAUGAAACAGCCUUAUUGGCAUUGUCCUAAAAAUGUUAUGUUUAGUACUAAAAUGUGUAAUGAUCUACCUCUUGUUCAUUAGUUUAAUCUAGUCUUCCAUAGCAAUAUUAAGUCAACAGAUAUAACACUUUAUUUGUCACUUUGUUUUUUGUCUUAAAUUUGAGCAUUCCUUUUCCAAUCUUGACCAAACUUGGCUUCAAUGUUUACAGUUGUAAUACUUUGAUUGUGUUUCAUCAGGUCGAAAUUUAAAAUCGUUCUAUUGGCUUGUGCAAUCAAUUGUGUCCAGAGCGUUAUGGAAACUUUGUUCACACAAUAGUUUAAGAACAGUUUGAACAUGGCCAAUGCAACAUUACGCUUUUAGGCUGUAUCCCAGCUGUAUAUUAACCCUAUUGUCUCUAGCUGUUGGUAUGUUAAAGGUCAUGGUCACAACCAAUUUUUUUUUCUGCCUACAAGAAGAGAAACGUUUUACCUAGAUCCAUUAUAUUUCAGGUGGGCCGAAGAUGACCAAUAUAUGACCCUUAUGUUUUUUUGGUUAAAUGUUCUGUUUUAUCACCCGCAUUCACGUGUAGACAUACUUAGUUUUCUUUUUAAUUUUGAGUUCAGUUGGUCAAAGGAAAAGGUUCAGGUAACUAUGAGGUGAAAAAAUGGUUUCCGCUCAAUAACUUAAGAUCCUUCGGGUUCAGGAACUUCAUACUUGAUAUGCGAUUGAUCAUGACUAGUUGGCCAAACUUCCAAGGUUCGUGUUGGUUUGUCUUGCGUCCAAAAGGACAAAUUUCAUGUCAAUCAUCGAUUAUUUCUCAGCUAAGACCAGACAAUGGGGUAGAUAAGCGCUUUUUCAAAAAAAGCAAUCUCGAGUUAUUGCUGCAACUCUUCUAAUGGAAUCAAGGAAAUGUUUUGGACAAAACAUUACAUUUUUACCAACUUCUCUUGUUUUACGUCACCUGCAUAGCAUGCAGACAUAUAGGAAUCAUGUUGUCCAACGUUGACUUCAUCCACGUCCUCUGUAGCUUUUUUUUGUUUUUUGUUUUUGUUAUUUUAUUCAGUCAAUACCAACUUAGACACACUGUUUAUUGACAUACUACCUGGACUGAUUUUGAUUACCAACCAGAUGGCGAUAUUUAAUUUAGAGAUAUAACACUUUAUUUGUCAUUUUGUCCUUUGUCUUCAGCAUUCCUUUUCCAAUCUUGACCAAAUUUUGCUUCAAUGAUAACAGUUGUAUUAACUUGAUUGUGUUUUAUCAACAGUCAUUUACUCUAGAGUUAUUACCCUUGAUUUGUCAUUUUUUACCAGUUGUAUAAUAUUCACUAUUAUUACUUGUCCAAUGUUUACUGAACAGGGUUACAUAUUGUGUAUUGUCAUAUUAUCUUUUCAAUUUUGAAUCAAAAGCCAGAUCGUUAGGCCUUGAAUUGUAAGAACCAAAUUCACUUUAAUCGCUCUUCUCCGUAAGCAUUGUCUAUCCAAUCUUUGAUUUAAUGUCUUACAAUGUUAACAAGCAUAAUAACUCGAAAAACCUUUAUCAAGAGCUAAAAUAGGUUCGGCAAUGAGGGGUGUUCGUGGCAGUCAAAUCAGCAGGAAAUAUACUUUCAAUAUGAUAUGAUUUGUACUGUGCCCUAUGAAUUAUGUAUUUAGCUGCAUUUCUGUUAUUUCUUUGCUCUUUCCAAUUGUUUGACAUUUGACUCAAUGUAUGCACAAUUUUGUCUGAGUGAAAUUAAAUUUGAAAAGGGAA